AGUGUUUGUCAGAAAUCGAUGUGGAAGAAAAAAAAAUGACAUGCGCAUCUGUAUAGAGAACAACACCCUGAACUAUGACGGGGUCCAUGUGUUGCCUUACACAGAACAAAUUUUGAUCAAAUUUCCAUGGCAACUUGAAUUUAUCUGGGAUUCACCUGUUGUGAUCAUUGAUUUCUAAGGUAACACGAUUUAUUCCUAUCAUCUGUUGUUAAAUAUAAGGCUAUUAUCUAUGGAUGAACAUGCUCUGACAUUAGAAGAAGACAACUCUAUGGCACCUUGGCUUGGCCUGAAGGAUGAAGCGGCUAAGCAUGACAACACCCGGAUCCAGUGAACAUUUAGCAGCAUGCUUAAUUAUCUUGUGCCAGGCCCUAACUUUACGGGCUCUCUAAGGAAACUUAUUCAGCGAUUAGCGAACACUUUAAUUCCAGCAGAGGUUCAUGGCUUCGGGAUCGAUCUAGAAGCCAUUAUUGCAUGAGGACUGUGCUUUUUUGACCUGGAAUAUGACUACAGGUCCCUUGCCAUGGAUCGUACUCACACCUUUGGCUGUUCUUACAGAUUUACUUUCAGUCACCAUCUUGUGUCAUUACCGUUGUCAUUUUCACGGGACCGAUGUUGUUUUCAUCUCCAUUCUCGUCUGUAUGGUGUUAAACGCCUUGGUGAUUCCUCUUACUCCUUCGCUGUUGAAUAUAACCAACUCGGAAUGGAAUGAAAACUUGUGUAAUUUCUUUGUAUGGACUGCACUGACCACACGAAUGGUCCAGGUGUCAAAUUUGGCACUGUUAUCUUUUCACUGGUCAAAAAUACUCAGGACUUCAACAAAACGAAUCAAAGUCAGCACGACUACCACUGUGAAGAUAGUUGUUCCUAUUUUCUGGGGCGUGGCCGCUGUUGUCGGACUGUUACCUGUAAUUGGAGCAGUUCCUGACAAUUUCAAAACCAAAAAUGACUGCUUAUUUUUGCUUUCCGACCUGGGUCUAGGUUUCCUGAUAUUUAUGAUGGUGUUCAUUUUAACAAUGACUUGCAUCUCCCUUGUGUGUUCAUUUGAUUCCAUUGCUCUCAUUCACUAUGCAAAGAAGAUUGCAUUUAUCAAAUACGGAGCAGGGAGGUUUUACUUACCGAGGAAAAACGAUGGUCUAGCUGAAAAUUACACCGUGCACGAGCGGUAUGGACAGCUGAACUUUGCCGCCGAUCUCUGUCGUCUGGUGACAAUUGUGACGUGUUUCAGUUUCACUGUUAAUCAUUUACCAUGUGUUGUGAUAGAAUUUCUAUACAUGAGCAUCGGAACAGAUAGGGGAUUAUCAGAAGACUUGGUCACGUGGUUAUCUCUGAUCGAGGCUCUGGUGUUACCCUAUUUCCUGUGGUUUGGGAGCAGACGAUAUAAGCACGCAAUUACUUACGUCUUCAAAGUGCAUAUCUUACGUCGUGACCAUGACAACGAAGAAAAUCCAGAUUCAUGCACGUUACAGUCUUUUACAAGAAAAAUCAAAGAUGUCCAAACAUUGCCACGCAAAGUUCACGUUCCUAACAAUCUAUCACCAUCUGAAAGAACAAGCAGAAGCUCAUCCACAAGGGGGCGCCUCGGAGAAUCUUCCAUGGAGUUUAAUAUUCAAAACAAAGUUAGAGCUUGCAAUUUAAGCAAAGUUAACGUUGAUGUACAUAGUAAUGGCGGGUCAAUAGAUUCAAGAGAUAUGAGUCAAUUUCACAGAUCUGGGUCCUCGGGCUCACGAAACGAUCAAGAUAGAAAGAAAAAUCUUCCAUCGAUAUUUAUUAAUGAUACUCUUAAGAGUGCUUCACCAAAACGUAUGAAUACGGAGGCAAAAAAUGAAGUGGUUCUGGCCGCCCAUAAAUCUGAAUCAGGAAGCAUGCGUUCUAUGUAUUACAUGUCUAGUGAUUAUCAUCCAGACUGUCUUAAUACUGACAGCUUACCCAGAAUUCCAAGUAAGGGAUAUCAGGAAUCGUACAGUAACCCCACCACAAUCACCGACGGACGGAUAUACCUUGAAAGAUACGGUUCCAAUUCUUUUCCUCGACUGUACGAAGAAUCCACAGGCAUCUACUCUGGUUCAUUUGGUAGUAUUCCCAGAAAGAAGCCACCAAAAAUGGGACUGCGAAGUAAUUCUGGGAGCUCAUCUAGUCUCUAUCAAACACACUCACGGUCCUCGAGUGGAAAUGUCUAUAUCUAUGGUCAUUCAAGAUCGGCAAGUGGAACAAUCUUUAAGUCCUCUAAUAUUACCUUACCUUCUACACACCAAAUCCAAGUGAGGGGUCGUGUGGUUCCGCGACAAUCAAGUGAGAGAAGCGAAAGUGAGGGAGUGGCUGGUCAAUACUGUGAAAGCGACAUUGAUAAUGUUCUAGAAAAUAGUUCAAUGCGCUCAGAGGAAAUUCAGAAUAAGCCUGUUGAAAUUCACUCAGUGACUUUCAUUGAAAGACCACAGAUAUUUUACGAGGGCGAAAAAUUACGAAGACCAUUGACACGACAAGAACAGUUUUAUCCACAUCAGAAAGAUAAAGAACAAUUAUCGGAUGAGAACGAUUCUGGAUGUAUGGCAAACUGUGCAGAAGAACAUUUUGAGUGUAACUUAAAUAUUCAUAAACAAUCAAAUUCAGCUGCAACAAUUGCAUGUGAAAGUACUGAUGCAGAGCUUGAUGGAUUUACAACAAGCGAACUCUUAUCUUCACAACCUUAUUCAUAUUUAUCAAGUAACCGCAAAAAUAAAAGACAAAUUCAAAGUUCACGUCAACACAAUAAAUCCCGUUUGCCCUGGAUAAAUCCUGACUUACCAGAUAGUGUCCCAGAUCUGUUUGAUAGGGAGAAAUCAGUGGAAUAUGCAUUCUUUAAUAAUCAAUGUAUUUCUUCAUCAGAGAGUACGGGUAUUUCUACUUCACCAAGAUUCGACGAAAAUACGGAUCGCGGUUUUGAAGAAGCUUUAAAUGCAAGUUACAAUAGCAGGGAAAGCCUUUGUAGCUGUAAUGGUGCUUAUGUUGAAUCUGUCUCAGAAUGCACAGACAUGGGAGAAUUCUUUGAUAAUCACCAGUGUGAUGAUAGCUUUGAGUUCAAAACACAGGCCAUCGUCUCUAGAAUAUCCCCGGCAAGUCUUACAGAUCCUUUCUCCGAGCACGAUGACUCGGUUUUCGCAGAAUCAAAAGUAAGAGAAACUGGACUAUACUUCUCAAAAGACAGGAAAGAAGGGAGUUGUCCUGAUUCAUCUCCAUGGCCGAAGUCCACUAAAAAUUCCAACUCUGUUGAUCUUUCUUUCGAAUCCAAUUUCUCUAACGAGCGACAGGUUCCAGACGGUGUAGGUCCAUACCAAGACAUAGAGGCUGUGUAUUUUUAAAGAGAGAGAGAAAAAAAAAAGAAAGAUAGGGUGUGCUGAAUUCCAAGAGCUAUACUGAACAAAAAGUGUUAAAGAUAAUCGAAUAACACUUCCAUCAUGUCUGUAUUACAUUCCACGUUUUUAAAUUUUCUAUGUUUUACACAUUAAAAAGGGAGAGGACUCGUGUCACCUAAAGAUCAUGAUGUUUAAGCUGAGAUUUUUCUAAAAGACACUCCUAAAUGCAAUCCUGCAGCUGGUCUUGUUCGCUGCAAAAAUGUAUUUUUCUAAAAUUGAAUUUUUAUAUUUAAAACUUUGUUAAAGUAUUGACCGGGUGCUUCCUCGUGCUUCUACCACCAUACAUUAAACCCUAAUUGACCAUUUUUAUGAAUGCUUAACCUUGAAUACGAUUAAAGUGGUUAAUUUUGUAAAUUUACACUGCAGAACCUAAAAAUAUGGCCAAAUUAAAACAGAGAAAAAAGUAACUGAGCAAUAUCUUUUGAAAACUUUUUUAGUCCUACCGUUAGACUGUUAGUAUAAAAGUUUG